AUGGUGGGAUGGUGGUGGUCAGGUGGGGACACUGUAGUAUUCAUCCUGUGCACAGGGGUCGAGACAGCUGCCUCCGCCCCCGUCCUUCGGCCCAACCUGAAGCAUGGUAGCUUGGACCAUCCCCACCACGAGAGGAUCCGCCGGCCCACCCAGUGCCUCUGCGGCCCCACCUCAACUCCAACUGCCAAGUCUUCAAAGAAGCCCAAGAUGCAGGCCACAGGGGACAUGUUUCCCACCAACUGGAGCCCACCUCCUGUUGAAUUCCUGACCCCGAGGGCUCGGCAAGCUGGCAAGCGGGCCCAAGCCUGCAGGUGGGUGGGUACGGUGGGACCUCAGAGUCUGAGGAGACUGGCCUGCUGGGUGCCCUCGGAGUUAGAGCAGAAGUCCCAGGUUUCAGACCCGCAGGGGAACCUGGCCUCACUGGAGGAGCUGUUCUGGAACACAGCAGGACCAAGCCAGGAGGCUGCAGCUCCACUGCUCACCCCUGGGGACUCAGAAAGCUACAUCAAUAGCUUAGAUUACUUGCUGCAGGAGAAGAGGGAACAGGCGCUGGAGCAGGAGCAGGAGAAGCUGCUUGCGCAGGGCUGUCCUGACCUUGAGUCCUUGGAUCUCGAUGAGGAGGACCUGCCUCUCACACCUGAGCACAGGGAGCUGGUGGAGAGGUUCUCCAUGACCCUGCAGGCAAUCCCAUCAGUCCACCCAGGAGAGACUGUGUUUCUACCCAGGCGCCACCCCCUGCCUUGCAUCCUGGACUAUUCACACGUGAAGCCCCGUAACCACCUGGAGGAACUGUUCCUCAGAUCCCCGCUGGCCCAGCAGCUCUCCUUUCUGCGUGGCGGCCUCCUGAGCAACCUCUACCUGCAGGCGCCUGCACCCACGUGCCCUGUACCUCUGCUCCAGUGGUUGUUUCAGCUGCUGACAUGGCCUCCAGAAACUUCUUCAAGAGCCUUUGGCCUCUUGUGGGAUCUCAGCGUGGAUAGACUCUUCUGUCAGUCUGAUGGAGACGUGUGCAUGUGGUGCCCCUCGCUGCGAGAGAUCAUAGAGGUAUUUCACAGUCUGGGUGCCCACAGCCCUGCUUUGUACCCACCGGGGCCAUCUCAACAAAGUGAGAGGUGA